AUGGGUGAACGUAAAGGGACGAAUAAAUACUAUCCACCGGAUUUCGAUCCGAAGAUCCAUAGAAACUUGAAUGCAUACCAUGGAACGCACGCUCUUCGUGAUCGUGGAAAGAAAGCUGACCAAGGAGUCCUUACAAUUCGGUUUGAGAUGCCAUUCAAUUGCUGGUGUCUUACCUGUAAGAAUCCGAUUGGAAUGGGUGUACGAUACAAUGCGGAGAAAUCCAAAGUUGGGAUGUAUCAUUCCACUCCCAUAUACAAAUUUACCAUGCCCUGCAGCAUAUGUGCUGGAACCAUCGUCAUCCAGACUGACCCCAAAAACUUCGAUUAUGUUAUUCUCGAAGGCGCCAGAAGAAAGAAUCAGAAGUGGGAUCCAGAGGAAAACGAGCAACUAGUCAUAUCCGAUGCUACCGAGAAGAAAAAACUUGCUCUGGAUGCGAUGUAUCAUCUUGAACACAAUAUCAAGGAUGAGGCUAAAGCCACCUGUAUCACACCGAUUAUUAGACAAUUAGAAGAGGAUCGACUACCACAUAAGGAUGAUUUCCUACUCAAUUCCCUCGCACGGAAGCAAUUUCGAGAGGCCAAACGGGCAGCCAUCGAGGCAGACGCGAAGGAUGCUCGCCUAAUGAACCGUCUAUCGCUUCUCGGAUCAGAGGUAAAACUGUUACCCGAAGAUGAAGCUGAUCGAGACGCUGCGGCCCUUCUACGGCUAGCAAACCCCACAAAAGUCAAGCGAUCUCGGAAGUUGGAUAUUGCUUGUUUUGUUACCGCUGAUGAAAUUUCGCCAUCUUGGUCGAUUCCAAUGGAUCUGUUGAAAUCCAAACUGAGCAAACAGAAUUCCAACAACUCCCAAGUUGAAAAGCCUGCUUACCUUGCUGGCCAAGACUCCCAAACGGAAAACACCGAGUGGGUUUACAUUUCCUUUGACUCAUUUGCUUCCAGCAUAAGCAAACUUCCUGACGAUCGUAGCCCACCUGCAAGCAUAGCAUCCGUGUCAGAACCCCUUCCCAGCUGUUUUCUGGCAGACAACAGCGCUAACUUGUUGCAAGAACGGAUUAGUCAAAAUGAUGGUGCAACAUGCUUGAUGAUCCGGCGGUUGUUAAACGAAGAGCUGACUAAUGAGGACCGAAGACCUCUUCCCAUUUACAUGCUGCUUCCCCGUUUAUCGUAUUUUCCCCUUGUUAUGGAUCGCAUUAUUCGUCAUUUCAUGGAGUUCACUGAGUCCACACCAUCUGCAUCAUUAACGCAAACUUAUGAUCCAUCUGCAGACAAGCGCAUUGAUAGCGAAACCGACUCACUUCGAAAUGUACAUACUCCAGACGUUAGCAGUUUGCUUCCAGAACACGGAGUUUGGUUGGACUACGCCAAUCAACCGCUAAAAUGGCACUAUCCCAUCGGACUACUGUAUGACUUGCAUGUGGGUGGUUUUGAAUUACCCUGGAAAUUGACUGUCCAUUUUCAUAGCUACCCAACGGAUGUUCUUCUCCCUCCCCCGGUGCACCGCCGCGCGGUUGAAACGCACUACAUGUCCAUGGUCAAGGAGGCCGAUGCACUGAAACACCGUAGUGCAGUGAUGAACCAGAUGCAAGCACACGAUCAUCGACAGCUGUGGACUGGGCUACUGAACUACCAGUUUGAUCAGUUUUGGGCCGUAAAUCAUCGUCUCAUGGAGAUUUAUUCACCUGCUAUCCCAGACGGCUCAUCCCCAGUCCGUUCAAGCAAGCGGCAAUCGGAUCCAGACUUGCAAGAUGCUGCACGCCUCAAAUCCUCGGAUACCAAAGGCCAGCAACUUUCUGGUUUUAGGUACAUCCCCUGCCGUUUGUACGUUCUCGGGGAACACAAGGGCAAUCUCAACACAGGAUUUAUUCAGAAGCGUGUCAGCCCGUUCACUUCCGAUGGAUUGCUCGCAUCUGUCGGUGACGUUCUCCGGGCCCUGUUCCCCUCUGAUGCUGGUGAUGCCACAGACAGAUGUCCAACAGAAGGUUACGUGUUCCUUCUUCAUGGAAUAACUUUGCCACUAGAGACUCCAGUUCAAUGGGCCAGCCAGCAUAUGUCCUACGCGGACAAUUUUCUCCACAUCGUCGCAUGGCCCAGCUCACGAUUCUGUGCCACUUCUUUCAACUAG